GUCAGCGUUAAAUUCUGUCAGGAAGACUCAAUGCUACGUCACUCAUUCAUUCAUUACUCCUAACCAAUCAGCGGCAUACAACCGUCUUUAAAACUUCUUCACUCACGUAUCUGUUUGCUGUCUCCAGGUAUCGGCUUUCGAUAGUCAGUCGUAUUCCGCUUCACAGCUCACUAUGUCCUCCUACAACUUGCUUGACUUUCAAGUAUCUGACUCCGACGAUGAUGACCCUGUUCCACCCGCCAAUGUGCGCCGGAGCUCUCGCGUCCUCACACGGGACUCCCCAUGGUUAAACCAUCCGUCUGAGCAGAUUCUGGAGCUACUGGAGAAACAAGGGAUCCCCGUCAAAAGCGGGACUCCGAGAGAAGACCUGCUCUCUAUGGCCCUGAGUAUUCUGGGUACUCCCUCCAUAUCCGACCAGGAGGAUAUCGCUUCCCCGGAGGCCCCAGCUCAGCCGAAAAAGGCAAGCCGAAAGCGCCCGGCUAAGCCUCCUCCAUCUCAGCCAGGAAAAAGGGCGUACAAAGCUCCGACGCGCCCCCAGUCUUCGGCCUCCCAAAUCCAAACUUCGCCGGCGUCCGAUCAAUCCAUCGUGGAUGCUAUCCUGUCUCUCACAUCGACAGUGAAAGGCCUCGAAGCAAGAAUGGAAGCCUUCGAGAGACCAUCAACUUCCACACCGGCAGCCUCUCUCAACAUCUCAGCGUUUUCCCACGCGCCGCUCCCCUCCACUUCCUCCUUCUUGCCAGCGGCGUUUCGCCCUCCCGCUCACUCCGCAGGCGCACCGCUUACAGAAGCCUUCGCCCUAGCAGGUCUACAUACCUUCAACCUCGUUUCAGCGCUCCCAGCUCAAGAUCCGGGUAGGAGGUUUGUUUCUCCCGCCGCAGCUACUCUCUCUCCCAUUAUGAGAUCUCACAUCAUCCAAGGAGUGUCCCAGCCUCACGUCUACCCUCGGGUAUCGGCUUUCGAAUACCAUCCCUCCUUCCCCAACCACCACCAGUUUGGUCCCUGUUCUACUGUCCAGGGGGUAGGCUCCGCCCCUGCCGUAUUCACCCGGCAGGAUCUGCGAGGGUCUCCACGCUUCGGGUCCUGGACUGAGGACGGGGCCUGCGCCAAAGACUCUUAA